AUGUCCGCCGUCGCGCCCCCGCUGCCACAGCAGCAGCCCUUCUCAACACACGGUCACGCAAAGCACGCUUCCAUUCAUGGCCCCCCUCUCGGCACCAUCACAGAGGUCACAUCAGUAACGUCCUCCAUCGACUCGCCCGAAGAACUGUUCGCGUCCGUAGACGACUUUGGCCUCCCCACCACGGGCAUGUACGCUCAGAACGGAAUUUGGGACGACGACAGCGACGGGGAUGCAGAAGGCGCCGGCAGCUCAGUCUCGGGACGCGAAAGUGGGAGUCUCGGCGCUGCCGCAGCUGCUGGCCUGGGCGUUGCAUUGGGCGCAGGCAUCACAAAUGCAGCCACAAACGGCCCAAAGGAGGGACGGACAUGGCGCCAAAGGCUGUCGUCCACCUCGUCGGCGUCCGGAGACCGCAGGUCUCUGAGGGCAUCAAAGAGCGUCACCGGCAGGUCACGUUCCAACACUCUCACCAACGCGUCAGAACAGGCAACACCGUGGCCGUGGGGUCGCAAGGCCGGAGGACCUGCAUCUGGUGGUGCUGCUCCACCGACCGCAAGUGUUGGCGCGCUUGGCGCAGCCACCUCGAUCGGCGCGUCACCUGUCGGUAUUCCAGCCAUUCUUCGCCCGGCUCACGCAACACAUACGCGUAGCUCAAGCCAGGUCUCAGACACGGCAUUCACUCCUUCCCCACCAGCUCCGACCGCUCCUGCACUGAGCUCGACAGCGACACUACCACUCCCACCCAGCGUGCCCUCCGAGGCCGGGUCGGCAGCACCGUCGCCUUUUGUCUCUCCGGACAUUUCCUCCUCAACCACCUGGUCACCAGCACCAGUUCCAUCGUUCCCCAUUGAAGCCCUUGGCCCACCAAGUCCAACCUUUACUCCAUCGCGUCCUGCUCCGUCGCCAAACCCAGGGGCCGGCUUGCGUGCAAUGUCCCCAGGUCCAGCAUCCCGCGGACCUACUCCCAUGCCAUUCCCCGGUUCCCCGGCAGCGGCACCGGCGCCAGAGCUUAAGCCUAUGAAGAGCCGUACGCGACUCAGGUCCAAGGCGGGAAACAAGGACCAGAAGAGUGACUUGCCCAGCCCAGCCGAUCUGCGCGCCCCAUUGGCGCCAGUUCCGAACGGAGCAACACCAGCCGGAUACCCCUCGCCACUCGCAGCAGGGUUUAUGGGCAAGGGUUUGCCAGCAGUGCCGACUGCGACAGCGACGACUGCGCUUCCAUCCAUGCGGACUGCAGCAGCAGCCGACAAGAAGGAAAAGUCGGCGUGGAAACGCGGUGUCGAGCGCCUGUGGCGCUCCAAGAGCGCGUCGGCACUCCGUGACUCUGCAAGGAGAAGCGAGAAUGACACACCACCAGUGCCCGCACUGCCCAAGGAGCAUGUUGGAUUGAGCGGGGCGACCCAACAUGUGCCGCUCAGCGGUCCCUUGGCAUACCUCGGCUCUCCGAGUCCAAACCCAAUCAGUCCUCCACUUCCCACCGCUCCACUGCCAACGACCACAUCGUCAGCGCUUGGUAUCCCUUACGAUUACCCAUCGCGUCCCAACUCUGCCAUCCCCCACGACGAUCCCAUUCGUCAGCAGCUCGACGUCAGGUUUCCCUCGUUCACUGCACGAUCGGCACCACGUCCUUCCACGUUCGCCGAAGAGACGUACGCGGACGACCCAUUUGCCAGCGCCGUCGACUAUGCCAUGCAGAUGCCGGGCCGGCCAUCCAGCCGUGGUGGUGGUGGCCGCUCACCCCUCCCGCCCGACUUCUCCCCACCACCCAUCCCGGAGACGUACCUCCCGGAUGGACCUCGUGGCAGCCCCAGCCUCACCAACCUCAAGGCCAGCAUCAUCCCUCGCCUCCGCAAGAGCCGGAGCAUGGCCAUGGCCAACCGACCAAACUCGCUCGUGGGGCUGUUUGGACACAAUGACAGGCGCAAGACGCCGACGAGCCCCGGCGCAAUGUCUCCAGGCCUGGCUAUACCCACCACCUACGCGAUCGACGAGAUGGUGCUCGCAGGGUCUGCGUCGUCUGACGUGCUCGAGCCCCCGCAUCCUCUCUUCUACGACACAUUUGAGCUGGCGAGCAGUGGUGACGACAGCAGUGACAAGGACGGAGAUAAGGAGGAGGAACAGGCGGCAUACGUACAGGACGAGCCACCCGUUGCCCUCCCGCCAUGGCACGCUGCUUCAGAGGUGGCGGUCGGUACGACGCGUCGUACGUCGUUUCUCGCCGGCGACUUGUCUCUCGACACCGUAGAGCACCUCCACACGGGUCUCCCUUCGCCACCCAUCGCCGAAGUCAGCAUGCCCAUGUCUGCGCCACCGCGCGACAUUCGCCAGGCGCCCGAGCUGUCGAUCGAGACAGAGGCACCUGCAUCGUCGACAUGCGGCCACUCUGCAGAGUUGGUGACGCCCGGUCCAAUGUCCGCGCCGCCUCACGUGACCCAGUAUGCCGAAUUCGAGUCGCCGAUGCUGCAGCAAAAGCAUACACGCAGCUCGUCGCUCAUGCAGACCCCCGUCGGACCUGUGGACAGCCCGUCGUUCCAGGACCUGUACCAGCAGCUGGGCAUGUGGCCUGUGGAGAGCGCGGCAGCGACCGACGAAGACGUGGCGACCUUGGCCAACCGCAGUGUGGAAUCGGCCGUUCCGCCCGGAGACGAUUUUGGGCGGCUGGUGAUCGCAAACCCUGACCCCUUGUCGUCACCGACGCGCAGCAGCGCAUCCACCCAUCCAUCAGACACUACUCGCUGGUCGGCCGUUGUCAAUGCAUUCCUCAACAUUGACGACCCCGUCUCCGCAUCGGCCACAUCCCUCGACUAUACAUACCACUCGGGCCUCGACUACGCCGACGCCGUCUCCGUCGCAGACCUCAACUCGGUCCUCGAGGGCCUCGACUUUGGCUCUACCACCUCGGCAGGUCGCGCACGCGGCAGCCUUGGAUCGCAGCACAGCGUCGCCGUCGCCGUCGCGCCCACCGACGCGACCAGCCACAGCACCUCUGACUCGCCACACACCACGCGCACCAUGUCUGGCCGCGCUCAAGUCGCACCCGAGGCCCCCAACAGCGGACACUUCACGUCUUGGCGCGACGUGCCUCGACGCCGUGAGGGGUCGCAAGGCAGCUCACGCGACUCGUCCCGCGAACGCCCCCGCCGACUGGCGCCGACCGACGGCGGUGCAUGGCUCGAGGUCGACUCGGAAUCGAGCGACGACGGCGAGGAGGAGCUGGAUGACAUGCCGCUGUCGCGCCUGCACCCCGCUGCGGGCGCAGCUCAACAGCAACGUCUCGCGGAAGCUGUCCGCAGGAGGGAAGCGCGCAGGGCCGAGCGCGAGCGCGACCUUCGCAGCACCAAGCGUGACGUUGUUGCGCGCGAGCAGCGUACCCCCACCUCCAGGCAGGCAUCCAUCCGUGACCCACAUUCCACCGCCCAGCGCAGGGACUGGAACGGCGAGGGUGCUGUCCCGGCUGACAUGCUUGCCGGUCGCCUCGAGCGCGUGGCCGUGUCGUCCAAGUCGUCCAACCAGCCGUCCUCGUCCUCGUCCUCGUCACAACAACAGCGCAUCCCCACCACUGCCCCGCUUGACCUGUCCCGUGCACGCUCAGCGGCCGGACAGGCCGUGCGUCCUCCACGUCCCAACCGCCCCGCGCGUCCUGACGACCUGUCGUCCUCGGCUCCCAUGAGCCGCAUUCCCACUGCCGGCGCUUCAACGUCACACAGCAACCACACCUCGUCGUCUUCGCAGCUGCAGCAGCAACAGUCAUCCCGUCCCAGCUCGCGCAACCAGCAGCAACGCGCCGUGUCCGACUCUCGUGACCUUCGCGAGCGCCCCGACUCGGACCACCCCUCUCGCGCGCCAUCCGCAGCGUCGACCAACACCUUUGUCUCCGCCAUGUCGUCGCACUCGCCCGCCACCAGUGUGAGCGCUGGAACUGGGAGCAUCCGUCGCCCCCGCGCCGUCUCCAACCCGCGCGAGCGCGAACGCGAGCAGCCAUCACUGCCGGUCCCCGACGUCCCGGCCCUCCCGAGCCCCAGCGUCGCUGCCCCGCGUCGCGGCCAGCCGGUGCGCGUCAUUGUCGUGUCCGCCGAAGGCGAGGGCAAGCUCCUCCCCUUUGAAGUCCACCACGAUACCACUGCCCGGGACGUGCUCGCGCGCGCCCGCGAGCAGCGCGACAUUGCGGACAUUGUGACCGGCCCCACUACCGGAUGGGUCGUGUUCGAGCAGUAUGCCGAGCUCGGCCUCGAGCGCCAGCUGCGCGAGUACGAGCACAUGGCGCAGGUCAUGCGUGGAUGGGACCCGCGCGCAAAGGCCAACUGCUUCGUCGUGCGCGAGAGCCACAUGGCGAGCGCUACUUGGGCCAAGUCCAUCCCCGACGCCGCGCCGUUCGUUGGCGGCUGGGUGCAGCUCGAGACCAAGCGUGGCAAGUGGAGCAAGCGCUGGCUCGAGGCGCGCGGUGGCCAGAUCUUCCUCAGCAAGAACGAAAAGGGCAAGGACGAGAUGCAGAUCAACGCCUUGUUCUCAGACACCUAUGUCCCCGUUCGCGGGUACGCGUCCGCCCCGCGCCAGUACGUCAUUGCGCUCAAGCGCCUCGAGGCCGCAGCGACGUUUGAAAACGCGUCCGAGCACAUUGUCUACCUGUGCGCCGAGGACACGACCGGCUGGAAGCUCGCGACGGCGUGCUACGCGUCCCGCAGCUUCAGCAUGGCGGCCACCAACGACACCAUCAAGCGCGCCGCGGCCGCUGCGCACCGCCCGCCGCCGCCCAGCGGCUCGUCGCGCGCACCUUCCCGCGCACCCUCCAUGGCCCGCCCGCACGCGCACGCGCACUCACACACCAGCGGCCACGCGCCAGCCUCCCACUCCCAUGCCACUCAGGCCACUCCUCACACCACCCUUCUCUCCUUCGCCCCGUCCGAGACCCCCACCUCGCCCACGACCCGCGCCAACGGCCAAGGCCCCCUGGUCAACUUGAAGGGCAGCUCGCCGUUCACCGGUCGCGGCCUCCUUGGUCGCAAGUAG